CAUAACACGUACGAAUUAUCAAUUUAAUUCUCUUUAUUUAUUUACUUGUCAAAAGGAAAUAAAUACUUGAUUGAAAGUAAAUAAAAUAAUUGUUAUAUACAAUAGAAGACAAGGAAAUGAAAACAAUUUUGAUUGGAAAGCCCCGUAAUUACUAAUACAGCAUUAUCGAAUAAAUACCACCCCCUUCAGCUUUAAAGACACGUUUCAAUGGGAGAUAGUCAAAUUUUUUUUUAUUGAUUCUCAAGUGAAAAAUAUCUCUUAACACACGUAAUCUAGAAUUCUUUCGUAAAUAACAAUCUUUACUAUCUGCGACUCAUACAGACGAAGAGUCCAUUGUGAUAAUCACCAAUCAAUCAAAAUACACAAUGAUUAUGUAUGUAGAGCAAUAUUGGCCUCUUCAGGUAUACUAGAUAAAAGACUGAAUGGUGGGCCAUAAAAGAGUCAAAUUUGUUGAGUAUAAGGCGAUGAAAACAAUUGAUAUCAGUGUCAAAUGAGAAUACUUUUUGCCUUGGUAAGAGGAGGAACGGUCUCAUAUUGUGGAGAAGAGAGGGUGCGUAGAAGUACAAUAGAUAAGUUUUUGGGGGUUCUCACUAGGUAACAAUUUUGAUUGAUCACAGUGUGGGAAUUCGUUAUAAAUAACCGUUAGUUUUAAAACAUAUGAAUUUAGCCACCGGCGGCGCUGUUGUCAAUAGGAAAAAAGGAGCGACAGACCGCCAUCUUUAUCUUCUGUCAAUGUUCUUAGAAAAAUGUAAUGUGAGAAUUUUGUGAGUGGAAAUAAAUUGAAUUUUUCUUGUUAAUUAAUUAUGAAAUAGAGAGAAUAAAGUGUUGGAGAAGAAACUAGAGACAUUUCUUUGUGUGAAGCAAGUGGAGGAAGUAUCGUGGAAGCGGCCGCUAGAGGAAAAUUGAGGGAUCUUUACCUGCACAGAGACUCGCACGUUUUUUUCGGUCACUUCGACCCGAGUCCUUACUAAUCGCCUAUGCAUCUUGCAGGUAAAGAAGCGCCCCACUAUUGAGUACUGCCCAAGUUGCUAAUAUUGAACGUAUUCUUUCUCUUCCCCACCACGAUACCAAAGGUAAAGAAGCGCCCCCAUUGCUGGUACAGCUAUAGAAGCUAAUGUUGAUUUGUAUUCUUUCUCUUCCCCACCACGAUACGCAAAGGUAAAGAAGCGCCCCACUAUUGAGUACUGCCCAAGUUGCUAAUAUUGAACGUAUUCUUUCUCUUCCCCACCACGAUACCAAAGGUAAAGAAGCGCCCCCAUUGCUGGUACAGCUAUAGAAGCUAAUGUUGAUUUGUAUUCUUUCUCUUCCCCACCACGAUACGCAAAGGUAAUUACACAUUAUCCUCACAUUUCUGGUCCUUCGUGGGAAAAGCAAUUAGCCCUACAUUGCUUGAUCAGGAGUCGACGCAGAUUCCUUCUUUGACCGAGCUACUACAGCUCUCUUGACCGAGCUUCUACAGCUCUCUUUGACCGAGCUUCUACAGCUCUCUUGGAACGAGCUUCUACAGCUCUCUUUGGCCAGAACAACGAGUGAUCUCUCCCUUCUCCGUCACUACUUGCUGACGUCACACUUGCCCAGGGACGGAUUUGUUGUUCUUCUACCUCUUCUUGUGCGAAGCGAAACACACACUGGGCUUUGUUACUUACAGAGCAUUUACUUGGGCUACAUUUGAGUCUGCGUGAGCAACAAAAUGGAGCAACAGCUUUCGGCGCUUCGUGUUGAGAGAGGAGUCCUGAAGAGGACAAUCACAUACAUUGAGAAAAAGGUCGUGGAUCAACCUGACCUUCCUGCUUCGUCUGCCACCACACUGCUUGCUAACGUUCAAUUUACAUUGGACAAAUUCAUCAAGGUGCAGGCGCAUAUUGAAACUCUCGCUAGUGGACAAGCAGAGACUCUCAUCCGGGAACAAAAUGAGGGUGAUGCUUUCUCGGGCAGAUGUACGGAGCUGCAACUGACCCUCUCGGAAAUUGCUGAAAAAGUCAAACCCAAUGUUCAACAGGGCGCUGAUCAUUGGUCACAAGCUUUGUCCAGUCAAACGGACCUUAUGCGAAAAAUGCUGGAGUUGCAAAGCAGCUCAAAUUCCAAUGGCAAUGGAACACGCACUAAGCUACCGCAGCUCAAACUUCCCGCUUUCGAUGGCAAGUACACUGACUGGCCACAAUUCCGCGACGCUUUCCAAAGUGCCAUACACAACAAUCGGGAUCUCAUGCCAAAUGAGAAAAUGCAGUAUCUCAAAAUGUCCUUGUCUGGCAGUGCUGCGGAGGACAUCAGUCACAUACCGAUCUCUGACGAUACGUAUGCGACCACCUGGGAGAGACUCACAUCACGGUAUGAGAAAAAGGUUCACCUCGUGAAUUCUUACAUCCAACAAUUCAUGGCACAAACACAGCAAAAAGUGGAUUCAGCGUCCGAUCUUCGCUCUGCUAACCUCAAAUACAGGCAAAUUAUCGACGGUCUCAGGGCACUGGGGCCCGAAUGUUUGUCAAUCGAUAUGUGGCUCAUCUACAUGAUGAAAUCGAACAUGAACGAGAAAUUUAGGACAAAGUGGGAGGAAGGAAAGAGCUCGGAUCAGCUCUCAACACUCGAUGAGUUCUUUGAGUUCAUGACAAAGAUGACGGAUGUCAUGGAACGUGCUAAUCAAGGAACUACGGGGACAACUGCUUCGACACCCAAGGAGCAGAAACCCAACAGCAAGCCAUCCAAACCUGGAUUCAAAUCUCAUCAUACAAACUCUGCUCAAUGUCCGGAGUGCAACAGCACUCAUUUGUUGCAUCUUUGUGACAAAUUCAAGGCUCUCGCGCUUAAUGAAAAGCGUGAUCGGAUGUCGCAAUUCCAUCUUUGUUUCAAUUGCUUGAGGCCGAAUCACUCGGCAAAGAGUUGCCCAUCCAAAUCCAGCUGCCAAAAAUGUGGUAAACGUCACCACACCUUGUUGCAUCCGCCAUCCACGGAUCCUGCUCCAAAUGGCGCCGCACAACCUGUGCAACCGAAGCCUGCGCAACAAGUUCCUGCUUCGCAACCUUCGCUGCCUCAAGCCUCACCACAAACCCCUGCGCCUCAGGCACUUCCUGCAGUGCAAUCUACUCCAAUCUCGGGAAUUACAAUGCACCAUUCUUCCAUCCACAAAUCUCUGCUACCGACUGCUCUCGUGAAUGUGAAGGAUGUCCACGGAAACUACCAAGUUUGCCGUGUGCUUAUUGAUGGCGGAGGAGAGUGUACAAUGCUGUCUGAGGAAUGCGCCCAGAGGUUGGCCUUGCCAAGGUCAAAGGCGCACAUUGCUGUCUACGGAGCUGGUGAGGUUCUUGUGGGUCACAGCAAAGGACUUGUACAUUUGGAAAUCUCGUCGAGAUACGAUCCACAGAACAAAAUCAACGCUGAUGCUUACGUCAUGAACAAAGUGACGUCCAAUUUGCCGUCUACGAAUCUCUCUGGGUCACAAUGGAGACAUCUCCAACAGCUACAGCUCGCUGAUCCCAAUUACAAAGUGCCUGGCAAAAUUGACAUCAUCAUUGGGGUGGAAUACGCGAGCUACAUCAAUCUGCCUCAAAUUCUAAAGGGUGACGCUGGAGAGCCCGUAGCGCAACUUACCAUUUUUGGCUGGACUGUGAGUGGAUGUGUCCAGGGCACACCCACCCGACUCACAUCGCUGCACACUCAUGCCUCGGAGUGUGAUCUGAAUGAAACGCUACAGAAAUUCUGGGAAUCUGAGGAGGGUUGUCUGGUGGACAAGAAAGCUCUUCUCACUGCUGAAGAAGCUUUGUGUGAAGAACACUUCGCGCAAACACACACUAGGGACGACACAGGUCGUUAUAUCGUCGAGAUGCUCUUCAAAAAGGACCAUGCUCCGUUGGGUAACUCGAGCGCAACUGCUUUGGGUCGUUUCAAAUCGCUGGAGCGACGAUUCGAAAAGGAUUCAACUCUCCGUGAUCAAUACAUUGCCUUCAUGGAUGAGUACAUUGAGAUGAAUCACAUGGAGCUUGUCACUGAUCCGAAGGUUCUUCAGGAUCAUGAGUCCUACUACUUGCCACAUCAAGCUGUUCUCCGACCUUCCAGUGAGACCACCAAGCUUCGUGUCGUCUUCAACGCCUCUGAACCUACACGUCCGAACAACCCCAGCUUCAAUGGCAUACUGGUUACAGGUCCUACCAUUCAAGAUGACCUUUUGGUAUUGCUUCUGCGCUUUCGGACGUACAAAAUUGCUUUUUCUGCCGAUGUGGAAAAGAUGUACAGGCAGAUUCUGAUCGCAAAGAAAUUCAGAGACUUCCUACAGAUCUUCUGGAGACGCGACCCGCGCCAGCCAAUUCGAACUUAUCAUCUCAAUACAGUGACAUAUGGGACCUCAUGUGCCCCAUACCUUGCCGUGAGAGUGCUUCAUCAAAUCGCCAUGGAUUACAAGGAACAAUUUCCAGAAGCAUGUCAAGCCAUUAUCUCAUCUUUUUACAUGGACGAUCUUCUUUGUGGAGCGGAUUCCAUUGAAGAAGCCAUAAAGCUGCAAAAGGACAUUCAACAUGUUCUCUCCCUAGGACAAUUUAACCUCAGAAAAUGGGCCUCAAAUUCAAGUGAAGUUCUUCAGGAAAUCCCACCGGAAAUGAGAGCUAUCACACCGGAAGAGGUUCAACUGCACUCAAAGUCCAUCUCUGCUCUUGGUCUCAAUUGGGCACCAGGUGAAGACUAUUUCUCGCUGCUUCUAGAAGCUCUUCCCUCGGUUUCCACAAAACGCGACUUGUGUGCAGCUGCUGCAAAAAUCUUUGACCCGCUUGGUUUUAUUGCUCCUGUCUCUGUGAAGCUCAAGAUGAUGUUCCAAGCCCUUUGGCUGACCGGCUCCGCUUGGGAUGACGAACUACCACCAGAAGUUGCUGCUGCCUACAAACGAAUUCAGGAUGAAUUUCAUUUGCUACCUCAACUUCGCAUCCCUCGGCGAAUCCCAUCUGUGAUGAAGAGCCUGGUUCUUCAUGGAUUUGCCGAUGCUUCCAAGCGAGCUUUCGGAGCUGUGGUGUAUGCUAAAGGCAUCGAUGGAGUUGGAAACUCUGUCAUUGAAAUUGUGAUGGCUAAAUCUCGAGUAGCUCCACUUAAGCCAAUCACCAUCCCCCGCUUGGAGCUCAAAGCUGCUCGUUUGCUCGCUGAACUGAUCGCCAAAAUCAAAAGCUCGUGUCCCCAUAAGGAGGUACAAAUUCAUGCGUGGUCAGAUUCAACAACGGUUCUUCAGUGGCUUCAAGAACCACCUCGCUCAUGGGAUCAAUUCGUGGCUCGUCGUGUACACGAGAUUCAAGAAGUGGUUCCCCCUAUUCACUGGCGCUACGUUCCAACUUCACAAAACCCAGCUGACUGCGUGUCUAGAGGAAUUCUUCCAAGUGAGCUUGUGAACCAUCCCCUGUGGUGGCACGGACCUCCGUGGCUCAGCGAAGAGGAAGACAAAUGGCCAGCAAACAAAGUGAUUGGAAAAACUGACGAAGAGCGCGCAUCCCGUGCUAUCGUGCUCACAACUCAGGUGGAUGAGACUCAUCUCCUUCACCAAUUGAUUCAAAAUACUUCCGGGUAUCUCAGAAUUGUUCGCUUGGUGGCUUACCUGAUGCGAUUCUACAGGAACAUCAGGGCUCAACUAGCCAAAGAGGAAGUUUGCAAGGGCUUUCUCUCAGUACAAGAACAACAUGAUGCUACAGUGUGUAUUCUCAAAUACAUUCAACAAAUCUCGUUUCCGGACGAGUACAAGUGCUGUGUCAAAGGACAAGAGGUUUCUCGUACGAGCAAAUUGCGAACUCUUGUUCCUUUUCUGGACAAAGAUGGACUGAUGAGGGCUCAGGGACGACUGGAGAAUUCUGAGUUUGACUACGGGACGCGGCACCCAAUCAUCCUUCCAUCCAACCACAAAUUCGUCAGGGAUCUUGUGGUUUUUACCCACGAGACAAAUCUUCAUGCUGGUCACGCGAUUUUGGCAAACACGCUCAAGGCCAAGUACUGGAUUAUUGGCCUCCGCUCUCUCACAAAGAACGUCACCAGGCUAUGUGUGAGGUGUACCAAAGCCAGACCCCGGACUGAAACACCAUUCAUGGGGGAUCUUCCGAAAUCGCGCGUUGAGGAAAACCUGCCAUUUGUGAGGACAGGUUGCGACUUUGCGGGCCCAAUCAAGAUUCGAGCUUCGAAAUUGAGGAAGGCGCCGAUUCAGAAGGCUUACAUCUGUGUGUUUAUCUGUAUGAGCACCAAAAUGAUGCACUUGGAAGCUGUCAGCGAUCUCAGCACUGAUGCAUUUCUGGCAGCCUUGAAUCGUUUUGGAGGACGCCGAGGCUAUUGCAAAACGAUUUACUGUGACAACGGCUCUAAUUUCAUUGGAGCUUCCGGAACCACACGACAGGAAAGACUUGGUGGCAUCCGGACUCAUCAACAUAAAGUGACUGCGAAGAUGUCUGCGAGAGGGACUGAGUUCAAGUUCAUUCCGGCCUACUCCCCUACAUUCGGAGGCCUUUGGGAAAGAGGAGUAGCGAACGUGAAAACGCUCCUACGACGGGUUAUUGGUGAAAGUCUACUCACGUUCGAGGAAUUGUCAACUGUGCUAGUGCAAAUUGAAGCCAUCUUGAACUCUCGUCCGCUCUGUGCCAAAACAUCAGACAUCAACGACUUGGAGGCCCUCACUCCAGGUCAUUUCUAUCUCUUUCGGGCUCCAAAUCUGCCACCAGAGCCCAAUCUCCUGGAAACAAACCCAAAUCGACUCAGCCGAUGGUUGUAUUGUCAACGGAUGGUGCAACACUUUUGGCAACGCUGGCACCAGGAAUAUCUGACGUCCCUCCAGAAUCGACCGAAAUGGAAUCAGAAAACACGCGACCUCUGCGUUGGGGAUCUUGUUCUCAUCCGAGACAAGGAGUUGAAGCCCACCUUCUGGAAAAUGGGACGUGUGAUGCGAGUAGAUCCUGGAAAAGACGGGACUGUGCGAGUCGUCCUAGUGAAGACGCAGGACGGCGAGGAGAAACGUGCUGCCAACACCCUUGCUUGGCUACCCCUACCUACUGAUCAUGUGGACCCAGUUGUUGAGCCUCAGGAUGGCUCAAGGGGGGCAGUAUGUGGGAAUUCGUUAUAAAUAACCGUUAGUUUUAAAACAUAUGAAUUUAGCCACCGGCGGCGCUGUUGUCAAUAGGAAAAAAGGAGCGACAGACCGCCAUCUUUAUCUUCUGUCAAUGUUCUUAGAAAAAUGUAAUGUGAGAAUUUUGUGAGUGGAAAUAAAUUGAAUUUUUCUUGUUAAUUAAUUAUGAAAUAGAGAGAAUAAAGUGUUGGAGAAGAAACUA